ACCCAGGGACAGGAGGGAUAGCAGCACUGACACAGAAAACAUUAGCACUGAAGGAGUAUUUCUCCUCUUCAAAAAUGAAAAUUGAUAUUCAUAGCCACAUUCUACCUAAGGAAUGGCCUGACCUAAAAAAGAGAUAUGGAUAUGGUGGAUGGGUACAGCUGGAUCAUCACUGCAAGGGACAGGCAAAGAUGAUGAAGGAUGGAAAGGUUUUUAGAGUUAUUCAAGAGAACUGCUGGGAUCCAGAAGUACGGAUUAAAGAGAUGGACCAGUCAGGAGUCACCGUCCAAGUCUUGUCCACAGUUCCUGUAAUGUUCAGCUACUGGGCCAAACCUCAGGACACUUUAGAUCUCGCCCAGAUAUUAAACAAUGACUUAGCUGCUACAGUAAAAAAGUACCCCAAGAGGUUUGUUGGGCUGGGCACGUUACCUCUGCAAGCUCCAGAGCUGGCUGUGAAGGAAAUGCAUCGCUGUGUGAAUGAACUUGGGUUUCCUGGAGUGCAGAUAGGAUCUCAUGUCAACGAGUGGGACCUGAAUGCCCCAGAGCUGUACGAUAUUUAUGCUGCUGCUGAGAAAUUAAAUUGCUGUCUCUUUGUGCAUCCCUGGGACAUGCAGAUAGAUGGGAGGAUGUCCAAAUAUUGGUUUCCCUGGCUAAUAGGCAUGCCAACAGAAACAACCAUGGCAAUUUGCUCCAUGAUUAUGGGAGGAAUUUUUGAAAAAUUCCCUAAGCUGAAAGUUUGCUUUGCACAUGGAGGUGGAGCUUUUCCAUACACAGUGGGUCGAAUCUCCCAUGGAUUCAACGUUCGCCCUGAUUUGUGUGCCAUGGAUAAUAAGGUGGAUCCAAGAAAAUACCUUGGCUCAUUUUACACAGACUCUCUUGUCCACGACCGUGGGGCACUAAGGCUGCUAACAAGUGUAGUAGGAGAGGACAAAGUUAUUUUGGGGACAGAUUACCCUUUUCCACUUGGAGAACUGGAACCUGGAAAAUUGAUUGAUUCAAUGGAUGAUUUUGACCAUAAACUGAAGGAUAAACUCAAGGCUGGAAAUGCUUUGGAAUUUUUAGGUCUUAGCAGAAAACAAUUUGAAUAAUUAUGAAGUAUCAAAGCACCUAAACUUCGGAAAUAAUAUCCUUAUAUUUCUAUUGACAUAUGCAAUUGUACACAUAAAAAAUAAAAUUGACAAUUAUCUGACAGUCUCCUCUUAUUUCCAAAACAAAAGCAAGGGUACUGGAAAUGAGUAUGCACAGAUAUUGCCUGAGGAUUUAGGCUGUUUUUAAACAAUUCUGAAAUCCUUGCUUUCAUAAUAAAGGAAAGAUUUCAUCUUUUGCAGUUGUAAUAAGAAUCUCUGAAAUAUAAUCAAUGCCAUGUUAUUAGGACUCGAUUCUCAGGAAUGAAAGAGCUGAGAAAGUGAUGUACCCACUACAUUUCUGUCUUUGUUACAACAGACAAACAGAAUUUGAAAGAAUAUAAAAACAGAAUUUAAACAAUGUUGAUGUUGAUGUAAAAGGCAACAUUUGCUUUUAUCCACUGGUGGAAAAUGCAGCACACCACGCUCAGCUCAGCACUGCAGGUGCACUCAUGCUUUGUCAAUGUUGUGACAGGAUGGAAAAGGUCUGUGUGGGGACUUUACAUUUUAGCUGCCACCUACACCACUGGGAACUUAUUAAUCAGAAACAACUGAACAAUAUGGUUGUAGGUGCAGAAAUAAUGUAUUUGUGUGGGUAAUACUUGGUGUGUCACUGUCACUGUCACAAUAAAUACUGGCAAAUAUAUAAAGUGUUUGGCAACAGUAUGAGUUAAUGUUCUAUUCCUUACAAAAUGCUUCCUAAAAAUAAUGCUGGAAACUUUAAAUGUGGAAGUGCUAAUGCUCUCCUUAGCUUGAGUCCUGCUAUAGGAAUGGAAAGAUGAUUUGCUUUAUAGACUAUUGAUUGAAACAGGUUUUCAUUAUUAUCCAGUGAGGGCACAGGCAUCCUCCUCCUGAGAGAACUUUGUGCCAGUCAGAGAAAUGUGGAUCAGCACUUACAGUCUUUGUUCUCAUGGGAACAUUGGCUGGCUACGUGUGGUGUCACCAUUCUUCUGUUCAGUCUUGGCACAUUCCAGGCAAAACAGUAUUUUAAAAUAAAGUUUUUUUUAGCUGCGGCCAUAGCUGUCACAGACUGAACCUGAAGGAUGUUGAACAUCAGCAGUUCCUGCUCAUCCCAGCCUCUGUUGGACUACAAAGAAAGCUCUGUCCUUCUUUACAGUGUCAAACACAC